CUAUUGCCGACAUGGACCUCAGACAUUUAGUGGUCUGCUAUUUCUCACCCACAUAGCCGUUAAUUAUCGAAGUUGUUCGUUCGUGUUCAUUUUAGGACUCUUUAGGUAGAAUAGCUCGAGAAUUGUAGAAAGAAUUAUGGGUAACGCUCUUACCGCAGCCUCUGUAUCAGCGGCUGACGUGAUAGCACCAUUAUCUCCACAAAUCACAAAACCAGAUUCUCAUGGGAUGAAGGAGAAACAGAUGAAACCACCACUGGAAUGUCCCAUGCACAAAUCGGGUCAAUUUAAUACUAUAAACUACACUAGUGAAUGCCCAAUAGAUAAAAUGGACGAAAGUGAAAUAAAUCCAUUAAAUAUGAUGCCACCGGCAAAUCAGCAACCUGCUCCAGACCAACCAUUUUCUUUGCCAACCAGUAGGCAGAUUUCGUCGAUACCUAAAGCAACUGGGGAGGAAGGAGAAUUUUGGGUAUAUCCCUCUCAACAAAUGUUCUGGAAUGCAAUGUUGAGAAAAGGAUGGCGAUGGAAAGCUGAUGAUAUCUCCCAGAAAGAUAUGGACGACAUAAUAAAAAUUCAUAAUGCUAAUAACGAACAGGCAUGGCAAGAGGUUCUUAAAUGGGAAGCCCUUCACGCGCGAGAGUGUGGCAAUCCCAAGUUGCGUAGUUUUGGAGGGAAAGCAUCCAAAUAUUCUCCACGUGCGCGUAUUCGCUAUUGGAUGGGAUAUGAACUACCAUUUGAUCGACAUGAUUGGAUCAUAGAUCGUUGUGGAAAAGACGUAAGAUACAUUAUCGACUAUUACGAUGGUGGAAAAGUUAACGAGAAGUAUACGUUUGCGUUACUCGAUGUGAGACCCGCAAUGGAUUCAUGGGAUAAUAUCUGGGAUCGGAUGAAAGUAGCAUGGUGGCGUUGGAAAUACCAAUCUAAUGAUGAACCAGUGUCUACUGCCACAGUGCAUUAAUUUAGAAAGUAAUGUCAAUAAAAUAUAUGUUAAUCCGAAAAAUUUUUACUAA